AUGGACGACUCGCCCAACGCGACAGUCGCCGUGACGGUCAUUGGCCUGGAGCUGCCUGUGUCGGCCCAGGAAAUCAAGGCAAAGAAGAGACGAGCGACCGACACUCAGGUCACGUCUUUUCGAGCGGCGACUCCGCUGCGCGACUUGCUCGACCCGCAGGUCUUACUCGAACCUUCGAGCUCGAGCGGUAGCGAUCCAAACAGUGGCAGCAGCGAUCCAAGCACGGGUGAUGAUACCUCUCCUUCCUCGUUUUUGGGAACGCCAUAUUCGACCUCUCUCCAGUUUGACUAUCCAUUUCCCAUCAGCAAUGCGCCCCGGGACCCAGUCUAUCCUCCCGCUCAGCCGCUUUCAGCACUUCCAAUUGCAAGUUCCAUAGCCUCUGCACCAUCUCUAGUUACCGCUGCGGCCUCUGUCGCGGCUGAAUCCCCGGACCAGGCGGCGUCUAGCCCAUUGCCGAGCCUGGUCUCGACGAUUGCUGCGAGUAUGGAGGUAGCCGUUAACACCACACUCUCAGAGCUAAGAAAUUUGCCCAACAAGAGCACAUCGUCACUCGGUUCGACGCACUCUGGUCAUACAGCGCCAGCUAUGGUCCCUGUUGCGUCAUCAUCUGCAAGCAUACACUCGAUUUCACCAUCGAGUAGCUACCAGUCGCAUUCGCAGAGCUACUCCUCGCCGCCUGGCAGCGCAGCGUCGGCCCCUGGUCGCCAAAAGGCUCGGCACAGUCUCGUAAUCUCCCCCCUUCCACCUCCCCCUCUGUCAAUCCAUACGAACAUACCGAAGCCAGCUGCGUCUUCACCGAACCACCUGAAGCGACCAAAGUUUAACAAGGCCCCGUCCAAUGCGUCGGAUGCAUCACAUGAUUCCAAUGCAUCUCACUCGCGAUCAAGGCCGACUUCGGGUAGCGUUUCCUCGUUAUCCAUUGCGAGCCUUCAGUUCCUUUCGAACCCGGGGGAGCCGCCUAUUCCUCCGUCGCUCCUCAACAAGCUCAAUCGGCCGCGUCAUCAGACUUCUCAGUCUAUAAACGCAAACUCGUACUUUAGUCCCGUGUCAACAACCCAAAAGACGCAGAACAGCCGAGAUUUCUUUGCAUCGCCGUACGACUCGAGCGCCGCCGUGUCAGCACCUUCCUCACCACCGACGACUCUCAACACCGACUCGUCCGUAUCCGAGUUCUUCAAACCGGUCUCGCCUCCGGCAAACAAGGCUGGAUUUUCCGUGUUUCGUCCGCCAUUGGGUCGGAGCAAUUCGACCAAUGGGCCGAACCCAUCGACCUCGUCGACCUCCUCGUUUAGCCGACCCUUCUUCGGGAGGAGCAAUACCACUAACUCCCAGCUCCAGAGUCGCGCAUACGCACAGCAUCUCCGACAUCAGCAACAACAACAACUCAAGCAGGAAGAACAACGCAAGAAGGAGGAGCUAAAGCGAAAGCUAGAGAAGGAGCGCAAGGAGAAGAAGAGCCGUCGAGGCUCUCUUUCACUGUCGCGCUCCGCCUCUGGUUCGUCCAUGUCCUCAGCUCGGACUCGAAAUUCGUCGUCGACAAAAUCCAAAUCGCCCUCGUCGUCGAAUAGUCAGACGGACGGAUUCAAGCUCAGCCCGACUCAGACGCAGACGAGCCUCGCCGAAAGCGCUGUUAGUGAGAGCGAGGGCAGCGCAAGCCCCGAAGGCACGAAGAUUCGAAGACGAUCGAGCGUGCGACGCAUCUUGGAGAAGACCGGCUCCCUUGUGGGGUUCAACCUCAGUCUCGACAAGGCUCGAUAUGGCCACGGCAACGGUAACACGUCCCCAAAGGAUGGUAAAAAGUCUCCGAAACAACGGUCAGGAAAGUCGUCUCCCAAGGACGGAGGCGCAAAGUCGCCGAGUCGUAGCGGCCAUGUCUCACCCAAACGUAGCGACACCAAUUAG